AUGGAUGCCUUUUUCAUCGAUGUUAGUAAUGAUGGUGGUCUCCAACAUAUAAAAUUCAGUACAACUGCGUCUCCAUGGCCUAUAAUGACACCGGGUAUUAGUCUUGAAGGUAAAUGCGUUAGCAUCUCGUACCAAGCGUUUAAUUGGCAAGUAAUUAUAAAUAUUGCCUUCAAACAAUUCGACGUACUCAUUGGUGCUGAUGUGACUACGCCAAAAUGUCCUUUAUGUUCACAAUAUGUAAAACCAACAACAUGUGACUUCAAUAAUUGUUUAUGGCGAUGGUGA